AUUUAACUUUGUUACCGAUUAUUGAUUGAGUAUGCAGACUUAUCUUGUAGCUUCGUUUGGGGUUAGAACGAAGCCAUCGCUACUUGUCAUAAUGUCAUGCUAGCUGCCAAUCUUAAUUAUUUCCACGUCCUUCAUGUGAAUUGUCUAUUUUAGCCUCAAUAAGUAUGUAGUCUGCCACUUCCUCAAAAAGAAAAAGAAGGGUAAGUCGUCUGCCAAACUUGAUGUAAACUGCUGUCUCAAAGUCAUUGAACUAGUUGCAUCAGGGAAAGUUUAUUGCUUUAAGGAAAUCAAGGGAGGAUGGCUGAAAUCUUUGACAAAAUGAAAGUGGAGUUCAUCGACCAAAAUGAGAGUGUGCAGGUUAUUGCAGAUAACAUCCGUGAUACCGGUGAGGUUCCUGAAAGGUAUGUCAGGUCUGAAAUUAAGGCUGAUCCUGUCAUCGUCGAUGUGGAGGGUUAUAAUCUACCGGUUAUAGAUAUGUCAAGAUUGCUCAACCCUGAGUUUUCUGAAGAGGAGACUGCUAAGCUUGGAUCCGCCUGUGAGCAUUGGGGAUUCUUCCAGCUUGUGAACCAUGGGUUAGAUGGAGGGUUGCUGCAGCAAAUUAAGUCUGACAUCACAGAGUUCUUCAGCCUUCCACUGGAAGAGAAGUUGGCAGUGGCAAUUCCACCAAAUGGCAUACAAGGGUUUGGACACCACUUUGUUUUCUCCAAGGAACAGAAGCUGGAUUGGGUAGAUAUGCUGUUCCUUGCCACACGGCCUGUUGAGGAAAGGAGUCUGGCCUUCUGGCCUACAAAGCCUUCCACAUUCAGGGACACAUUGGAUAUGUACUCACUGGAGCUGGCAAAUGUAUCUGCACAAUUGUUCAAGUUUAUGGCCAACAACCUUGGAGUUAACAAGGAGGGACUCCUUGGUACCUUCAAGGGUCUGCCUCAGAGCAUGAGGAUCAACUAUUACCCUCCCUGCAGUCAAGCUAACAAGGUUUUAGGUCUGUCACCACAUACGGAUGGUGUUGGCAUGACAUUCCUCCUCCAAGUAAAUGAUGUAGAAGGACUGCAAAUCAGGAAGGAUGGCAAAUGGUUUUCAGUGAAGGCCAUACCUGGAGCUCUUGUCGUGAACAUAGGGGAUGCUCUUGAGGUCCUCACCAAUGGCCAGUACAAGAGUAUUGAGCACAGGGCUGUAAUAAACCCUGUCAAGGAAAGGAUUACGAUCGCAACAUUCCUUAGCGUCAACCUUGGCUGCACGAUUGGCCCACUUCAGGAGCUGCUGAAGGCAGGCGAGGCACGCUACAAGGUUUUAGAUGGUGUUGAGUUCACCAAGGGCUACUUUGCUGCAAAGCUGGAAGGCAGAAGGUACUUGGAGAGCUUGAAGCUAGGCAUAUGAGAGUACUCUGUUUUUUUCUUGUCUUUCUGUUGGUGACUGUGUAAUGAGUAAUUGAUAGUGAGUUCAUUUUCUGAUAUAUGGCUUUCAGCACAGAUGUGAAAUGAUGCUUCUGUUAGUGAGUGGCUAUAGUUGAUGGUGCUUUCAUUCUUUUGUCUAAUUUAUGUUGCUUCCAGAAUUUAUGUGAUAAGUAAUCCACCAGCGUUGUAAUUUUGCUGCUGUGUGCCCGACUACGGACUACCUGAACAAUAUACUCAAGUAUAUUUUUAAGGGCUUAUAAAUAAAUAUUUGAUGCA